UGUAAGUGUAUUCUUUCUUACAAAAAAGAAAAAUAGAGAGAGAGAGUACGUGUCCAUUCCUCUUCUCUCCUUUCUCAAUCUCUCACUCUCUCUUACUAAAUCAUGGAUCUUCUCUCCCUAAAAUCCACUGUUUUAGUCUUAAAAAAGCAUGGUAGGAACUACCUCCUUGGGUUAAAAUUUGACUAUCUGCAGCUUCAAGGCUUUUAGUUUUUGAGAUUGUUACCCUUCUAGAAGAAAAGAAGAAAGAUUUUCAGGAUUGUUACUAUUUGAACAUGUACACUAGUGCAUGAUGGAAACUGAAGAUAAAACACUGUUUUGUUUUUGUCAUUGGGGUAAGAAGAAUAAGGUGCUUCCAGAUGGAUCCGCUUCGUAUGUGGGAGGUAUUACCCGACAGGUUAUUGCAAAAACAGGCAUAAAGUAUGAGGAUUUUGUGAAUGCAGUUUUUCACCGAUUAUGCAUUGAUCCUUCGGAUAAGAUCUUACAUUUUACUGUAAAGUUUGAUAGGUCCCAAUUGAUACAGCUGAGCGACCAAGAAGAUGUCAAUACUCUCUUGCAAUUCAAUGAUGAUUUUGCACAUGUUUAUGUAUCAAGUUCGGAGAUGGAGCCUCAUUCUAGACUCCCGUCAGUUGGCGCGAAAAAAAUAGAACCUGUUGUUUUUGAUCUUGAACUAGAUACUAAUCCUGUACGCAAUGAUGAGAAUGAUUUGGCAAGCCCUCUGAAGAAGGCACAGUCUAACCAGUCAGCUGGAGAUAGUAAUCCUCUGAAGAGAUCAUGGGCUCACCAGUCAAUUAAGGACAGUAAACCUCAGAAGAAAGAAGCUGUGGCCAGUGAACAGGCUUCUAGACUGCCUUCAGGUGGUGCUAAAAAAGUUAAACUUACUAUUGAUUCAGAUUCUGAUUCUGGUUCUGAUUCAGAGUCAGAAUCAGAAUCAGAUACUGUUCCUGAUGGUAAUCUUCCAGAGGUGUAUGAUUAUCCUGACCCUGAAUUUAGUGUUUUUGACAAGCAUAAAGCACAGAAUUGCUUUGCAAUCGAUCAGAUCUGGGCGUGUUAUGAUACGGCUGAUGGUAUGCCAAGAUUCUAUGCCCACAUUAGGAAGGUAUACAGUCCUGAAUUUAAGGUGAUGUUCAGUUGGCUUGAUGCUUAUCCAGAAGAUGAAAGGAGCAGAGCUUGGGUCGGGGCAGAGUUGCCUGUUGGCUGUGGGAAAUUUAGACGUGGAAGUACUGAAUUCACUUCUGAUCGACUUACAUUUUCUCAUCAAGUGCAGUGCGGAAUGGGGAAGAGAGGUCUAUACAUUGUAUAUCCAAGGAAAGGAGAAACGUGGGCCCUUUUCAAAAAUUGGGAUAUGAGUUGGAGCUCUGAUCCAGAUAAUCAUAGGAAGUACAAGUAUGAAAUUGUGGAGAUAGUUUCUGAUUAUGUUGUGGAUGUUGGUGUUCUUGUUGGUUAUUUAGAUAAAGUUUCCAGAUUUGUUAGCCUUUUCCAGCGAAUGAGGCCGACUGAAGUUGGUACAUUCUUUGUAAAGCCAAAUGAACUUUACAAGUUCUCUCAUCAAAUUCCUUCUUUUAAAAUGACUGGAACUGAACGAGAGGGUGUACCUGCGGGAUCCUUUGAACUUGAUCCUGCUUCUUUACCCCUCAGUCCUGAUGAUAUUUGGUACCCUGGAAAAGUUAUGGAAGACAGCAGGGCGGUUAAUUCUGAACCUGUAGAAAAUGAUCUACCUGCAGUUCCACUUGGAGCUAGAGAUAAAUCAAGGAAAGCAACAACAUCUCUGAAGUCUGGGGAUGACAUCCAUGCUACUGAUGGAGAGUCUUCCAAGGUUCAAAUAACUCCUAAAAAAAUGAACAUCUCUGAGAAAAAGCGAACUCAAAUGAGCUCUAGUUCUGCCAAUGACAGUCCUUCCACUGACUUUGAUGAUAAUUGUGUUAAAAAAAGCCGUCACUCAAGUCCCCGCAUGCCAAUUCAUUUGUCAUGUCAAGGUGAUAGAGAGUUGCAUUCAUGCAGGAAGAGCUUUGGUCUCAGCAACUCCGUUGGAAGUUCCAAAAAAAUAUCAACUUUUUCAGUUGAUAAAGGUUUUGAAGAAACUUUUUGUGAUUUCGAGAUGGACAGAUCUACAGGGAAGUUUCAAAUAAAUCAGGUAUGGGCUAUUUAUGGUCAAAAUAGUACAUUGCCAAAUACUUAUGCACUGGUUAAGAAGAUAGUUCCUGCCCCAUUCAAAUUGCAUGUAGUCCUCCUUGAAUCAUGUGCAGGGCCUAAAAAUGCUGCUCAGUCAGUUUGUGGAACGUUCAAAGUCCAGAAUGAAAAACAUCAAGCCUAUGAUUCUAGCUCAUUCUCCCAUGUGGUGAAAGCAAUCUCUACUAAGAACAGGUUUGAAAUCUAUCCAAGAGAAGGAGAGAUUUGGGCACUGUACAAGAGCUUGAGAAAAUCAGGUUUGGAUCCAGACAAGUUUGAGUACGAUAUAGUGGAGGUCAUUGAGUAUUCAAAAGAGUGGAUAAAAGUUUCGUCCCUGGUUCGUGUGGAUGGUUUAAAGUCUGUCUUUAAACAGCAAACAUCGAAUUCUGUUACUUUGGAAAUACAAAAAGAUGAGUUCUGGAGAUUCUCUCAUCAGAUACCUGCAUUUCAGCUGACUGGAGAAAAAGGAGGGGUUUUGAGAGGCUGCUGGGAGCUUGAUCCUGCUGCAGUACCGUGUUCUCUGUGAAGUGAUGCACCAGUUAGUGUGUGAUGGGAUCAGUUAUCCUGGAUUAACACACUGAUGGCCUAUUGUUCUUAUCAGUUUCUUGCUAGAUGAUUACAAGACCGGAAUGUAGCUAUAGGGAGGGAAACAAGGUCGCACUCAUGAUUCUGUAGUUUUUGGAAGUUGUAUAUUAUGGUGCCCUGCCCAUCCCCCUCCCCCUUUUGUAAUGGGUUUAUACACCUAACGAAGGACUAAAUACGGUAGGUAGUCACCACGUUAUUGUAAAGAUUAAUUAUAGAGAUUAUGUAGGCAUGAUGAAUUCCCUUUUGUGCUUUACUCCAGUGAAAGGUGUUUUUAACCAUAACUCACUGGUGGUGAGUUGGUGACGCCAUAGUCUAGAAAAGCUGGCCUCCAUCAAUCGUUCAACUUGAUUUGGAAAUGAA